AUGGAUGCAGCAAGAAGCCAGCCAUUCUGCCCGGCCAAGUUUGGCGGAGGACUCGUGGCUGGCGGCGAAAUAAGCAAUAUCUCUGUGCCACCAGGGCCGCCCCGGGCCUUCGUGCCUCGCCCCGGCCCUUACUUCGCCUCUCUUCUUAGUGUUGUCCCAUCACCUCGACAUGUUCUCUCCUACAGUGUCUAUUCGACACUAGGUCUCGGGCAGAAAAAGGAACUAAAGGGCGCACUCCAAAUCCCUGGGCCGCCAUCAAAUCUUUGGGACGCGUUGAUGCUCUUGGAUUUGUACACCCCACCACUAAACAAGCCACUUCAGCUAAAUGCCAGUGGCGCGGUGACGACAGGGCCUUGUCACACAAGUGUAUCUCCACCACUCAACCCGACAAGAACUGGAUGUUUCUCCUUCUGUUUGAGACUCGACGCUGUACGAUGCGCCGAUGCCAAGAUCGCCCUCGCAUCCAUUCCUCUCCCCUUCAGUGUAGCUUGCCACGCAUACCACCCAAUUCUGACAAGAACAAUAUGGAGACAUAGCUGGGAAGAUGGGCCUGGCCAAAACUACAGACAGUGGCGGCCGGUUGUUCCCCCUCUUUGCAUGCCGGCCUCAAACCAAACGACGAUCCUCGCCGGGACUAACACCAUUAAGAUUACUUCGCAGAAGCUCGACCUCUGUCUGUCACUUGGUUUUCUCCUCGGAAAACGUCAGCGUGCAGAAGACAUUAUUUUCGCCAAAUCUCAGGGUCGCUUCCAGGCCCCCAUCACGUAUAGCUUGAAAUUCAGUCCAUCGGUAUCCGGGCUGCUGACUGGCCGUUCCGGCCUCACGAUGUUCACGGAUAGGCACGAAGUACCUGUCAUGGCCAAGAUCAUUCUGACCGCUUUCUUCUACUGUUGUGCGACCCCGGCGCCCCUUAAUCCUCACUUCGUAUUGUUCGGAACCUUCGGCGACACCUGUCACACUAUGGGCUCUAGUGGAAUGAGCUCGUGGCUCGAGUCUCUUGGAUUCUCAAAAGACUACGGAGAUAAUAAUCGGAAACUCGUGAAGUUGCGACUGUCCAAGCUGAAGAGUUAUAGGCUAUCCUGUGGGCUCACAGAUGCAUUGUCGUCUCUUUCUGGGUGUCGGGUAGGGGCUGAAGAGCGCUGUCAGGUCAAUUUCAAGGAAAUAGGUUUCGUUUCAAGUAGGCUAUUUGUACGGUUGCAUGCUGCAGCCGGAUGGCUCGUCACAGAUCAGACCUUGGGCAACAUAGACAGUCAGCUCAAGGAGGCUCGUGAGGGUGGACUCAGAAUGUAUGCUGCUAUGAUGAGAACAACAGCUUCAGGUUCUCGACUGAAGCAGACACAGCUCAGGAAUCGGGGGUCCGCCGCAAACCCUCAAAACCAAAUACGGGGGGGCGGGCGUUUCUCCAUGCUCCAUGUACUCUAUAUAGGCGCUUCAGACCCAGCAAUCAUUGGUGAUCAUAGUGGCAUGCUUUGGUACGAGAAUAUUUCCGAGCAUACUGCCCCAGCCCGCUACUUUGGGUUAGAGUCCAGCUCCCCGUCUCUCGACGUCCUCAAACUCGUAAGGGUUCAACUCAGCUCCCGAUGCGGCCCAAGUGAACCCUCUAAAAGUUCGAACGAUCCCAGACGCGGCUCUCUUGGAUCGUUCUCCUUGGGGCGUGCAGGCGGCCAGGUCGUCAGCGAUCUUGCGGAGGAAACGACUCUCAAUGGGGAGAAGGGCCAUCCCCGUUCGAGCAUUCACUGGUAG